AAAAAAAAGAAUCGUAUAAGACGCAAUCCAGCCGUUGGAUGCGAAGGAAGGCACAUGAACCGUGGAUGCAGUACUCUACGGAAUUAAAUAUCCCCAACCAACCAAACCCCUCCGCCUCCCUCCGCCUCCUUAAAAAGCAUAAAGGAAAGAAGUAAUCAAACAAUAAACAGGAGAGUGAGAAUGUCGACUCCCGGUACAGAGGAAGACAAGAAGCCUGGCGGUGAUCAAUCCGGACAUAUCAAUCUCAAAGUCAAAGGCCAGGAUGGAAAUGAGGUCUUUUUCAGAAUUAAAAGAAGCACCCAGCUGAAGAAACUAAUGAAUGCUUACUGUGAUCGGCAAUCAGUGGAUCUCAGCUCCAUUGCCUUUCUGUUUGAUGGCCGUCGGCUCAGGGCAGAGCAGACUCCUGAUGAGGUCUUCCCCCCCUUGAUUCAGUUCUCCUUUUCUUUCGAAACUCACGCUCAUGUUGAUUUUUGCUUAAGCUUUAAUGAUUUGGAGUCUCACUUUGAAUCAAUUUUCUUUUGCAGCUGGACAUGGAGGAUGGUGAUGAGAUAGAUGCCAUGUUACACCAGACUGGAGGUGCAUUUGCUUAGUGAAAUAUGGUGCUUGGAUAUGUAAUAUGAAUUAACUCUGAAUUUUAAAUCACUUGAGGUUUUAACUGACAGUAUCUAUGUUCACUUUCCUUGUUGGUUAUUCAGUAUGACUUGCUAGAUUGAGUUUGAUUUAGUGAAAUUCAUUUUCUGUAUGAA